UGGGCCACUUGGAAAUGAGUGGAGGAUACAAACAUAAAGAUAUUCCUCGAUCUACAUGGGAUGGUUGUUGCAGACUACCAAUUGGGAAUUCUUAUAUGUUAGAGGAAAUUGGAGAGCAGUUUCGUGGUGUCUUUCCUGAAACUUUUUCAAAAUUAAGAGUUUUUUCAAUAGUAAUAGUUUUUGGCUUAACUUCUACAUUUUAUAGAGGAUUGGAUUGA